AUGCCACAAGAGUAUUUCCAACUCGGUGGCUACAGACCACAGAUCCAAUGGUUUCAGUCGACAUACGACGAUAAGCAGCUCGCAGAAGCCAUUGCUAACCCAUCCUCACCAAUUCGAUCGCGAAAUGGCCUCAACACCGGCGCCGUCGAGCUCGUCCUCGGUAUCAAACCCAGCGGAGCGUCCCACCUGCUUCUCACCAGCGACCAGACACGCGAGUUCGCCGCAGUAAUGCGUCUCCCCCUGCCCCGAUCUCCGCCUUUUCGUGCGAGUGACUUUGAAUCGCUGUCGCCUAUCUUGUUCUGGAACGUGGAUGAGCUGACGAAGAAGUUGGUGACAUUGAAGCCAAAGGCUGGCAAGGGAAGGGGAGGUGACAACAGCCAGGCUAACCGUGGAUAUACGGACGACAUGGUUGAAUUGUAUCGUGGAACGUUUGAGCAUUGCAGGUUGCUCUAUAGUGUUCUGAACGAGAUAGCUCAACCAACAAAAUUCGGAGUCGACGAUCUCUCGUGGACUCAGACCCUUCGCGUCGCAUCUCUGGUUUUUAACACGAGGGGAAUAGACGACCGACAUUCUUCGGAGAAGAUGCGCAACCCCUCUGUGCUCGACAUCGGGCUUUGCGACGCCCACAUGCCCACUCUAAGACCGAACCACGGUACCGCGAAACAUAUCAUCGACAAGACAAACGCGAUGCUAGGAAGAAGGCAACCCAAAAAGCCUUUUAGGCACGGAGACAGCGAGGCGCUCCCUCAUGAUGCGGCCAGAGCCCGGUUGCAGAUCGUGUUUCAGGAUCGACAAGGUCCUAGUGCGCCUACGCCUAUGAUCUUACUUGUCUACCACGCGGAGCAGACGCUAAACUAUCUCAAAAACAUGGGUGUCGACACUUCCUGUUGGCGUUCAGGAAUGAAGGAUCUUCUCAUGUCGGAAAACUCAAGAGCUAAACGAGACAGCUCCCCACCGCGUUAUGGCAGCCGAGAUCCGCGAAAAUACUCCAGUCCUCCUUAUGGACGCGAGACCUCAUACACAACCUUGGACUGCGGCUCGCGUUCGCGAUCAAGGUCACCUUCACGCCGGUCGAGCUACGAACAAACGCGGUACACUCCGUCGUCGUCCUCUCCAGGCUCUAGAUACCCCUCCAGCUCGACGGCCUCCAGCUACACUGCGACAAGCUCAAGCUACAACUCUGGUACAACAAGCAUCUCGAACACCCCAGCCCCGGCUCGUCGGUCGUACCCGCCGGUAUACGUCCUCGACGUGCGCGAGCUCUUCGCGAAGCUCAUGAUCUCGCAGUUUGAGUGGGGCGUCGUCGAGAUGGCACGCACGUUUAAGAUGACGGAUGAGGAUGGGUGGUGUGCAGGGAAUGAAGCUGUGAUGAUCAUCGACGUAUGGCGCGAAAUGAUCUCCUCGCUACCCAUCGACGACCAGCGUAUCCUCCGUUCGAACGCACUCGACCCGCGGUUCGCCUCUGCCUCUGCCUCAACCACCUCAACAGCAAGUGCAGAGCCUGUGGACACGAAAUCGAAGAACCUGUACGACGAGGACUCGGACGAAGAUCCGAACGAUUUCGUCCUCCGCCCGGCGGUUGGUAGUGGAGGGGUGCUACCCCAGACAUCGAGUGCCCAGGCAAACGACGACCCGUAUAACUUUGACGAGUCAGACUACGGGGGCUCUGAUGACGAUGAUGAUUAA